GAUAAUGCCGCGCGAGUUCGGCUGGCCCAGCCGUCGUCGGGUCCCAUGGAGACCGCCGAGACACCGUCGCCGCCAGGCCUGACGCGUUCGUUGCCGUGCCUUGGUUCGAGCCGUGCGGUGCAGGACCGCAGUGCGUUACCAUGAGGAUUACGUCGUUCGCCGGCGGGUGCAUCGCCGCGCUGGCCGUGGCGUGGCACCUGGUCGUCGUCUGCGGAGCGAGCGCCGCUGGCGCUGGGAGCCCAGGGCAAGCUGACAUAGCAGCAGUUUCCGCACAGUCAUCCACUUCAUCAACACAUAGUCAAGAAAGUGAAAGCACGCCAAAGCUUUUAAGGCCAGUCACUUCGAGUAUUUCUUUAUUAUUAAUGGCACAACUUCACUAGAACUUUCAAGUUCUUUCUCAAGUGUUCAUACAGCGUCUGUCACCACACUUUCCGAAACAUCUAAACUGCCAUUGGUGCUGCGUACAGAAGGAUCUCAGGAAAGGGACUUUACUUCGGACGAUUCAGAACGCAAGCAGCACCCUGUUACGAAUGAGCCAUCUGUAGUGGCAACUGUGGCAGAUGAGUUCCAGACAUCGACAAAGCGUGCUGAGGGAACCAGUCAAAGCAAUCAAAGGGUCGUGGCUCACCCAUCAGCACCAUCCCUGACAUCCGGCGACGCAGAGCAGGAGCGAGGUAUCAGCUUUAUCUCAUCAUCAUCAGAGUCAAACAACCAAGGAGAACAAGACGGCGCACCCACUGUUCCUAUGAGUACUGACAGCGUGAUAUCGGCCACAGAGUUGCGAGUGGCCGAAGUCACAACGUUACCGUCAUUUACUUCGGGACCUGCCGAAACAGAACCACAGCUGGACGACGACACCGAAGAGGCCUCGCUUCGUGUCCUGCGCAGCAUUCAGCCGUCCAGCGCCACGCCGGCACACGUGGUCCACCACAGCCUUAGCCGAGAGGAGACGCCCGUAUCCCCAGCUGCCGCUGCCGCCGCCACCGAAAGGACUCGGGGUGGCGGCAACGGCAGUGGCGGGAACCCGUCCAUUGACAACAUCCUCAGCGGCAUCAUCCAACUUCUUGGUGGCGACAUGAACCUCCCUCGACCUCCGUCAAUGCGGUUGCCACCUCCUCCUCUGCCACCACCUUCUCCCCAACAGCAUCAUCACCACAAGCCGCCCUCGAGGAUCAACAACCGGGGUCCCCCCAAUUUCAACUUCCCGCCACCCCCACAUCGGCCGCCGCAGCUACCGCCACACCCGCCCCACCCACCACCGCACCCUCCACACCCGCCGCAUUCAGCACCACCGCGACCGAGGCCGAGCCUACCACACCUGCCACCGCCCCACCCGGGUCACUUUGACACGAUCCCACGGCCGCCACCGCCCAACUUCCACUUCCCGCCGGUGAACCAUCCGAACCACCCGCACCAUCCGCAGCAGCACAUACACAUCGUUCCUCUGCCGCACCCACCGACAGUCUACCCGACGCCGUCGGACGUGAGUCAGCUGCUGGGACUCAACGACCCCGACAGACAACAGCGGCCCCAGCACCACGACGGCCACCAACAGCCACCGCCGCUGCCGCAUGGUGCGCACGACCCGGACCAGCACGAGGCUACGCCCGCUUUGUCCGAGUUCCCUCCGGCCAACAACGAACCCGAGCAGCCGACCAUGCACAGGGAGACCGUUCGUGACAACGGACCAGAAGUUAUGGCAACUGCUACUGAGCACCUGCCUCACAGCAAGUCCACCAUCGUGCUCAUUCACGAGGCGCCAGUGUCUUCGUCACCGGUCGAACAAGUAACACCGACAAGCGUGAGUGGCAACGUCCACGUCGAGGAGACGAGACACGGGGGAGACGACAGGCACGACGUGAGACCUACGAGGACGGAAACUGAUUUGGAACCAUCUGGUAAAGUUCCAUCAGGACCUGUGUCGGGUUGGCUCCCUGUAUUCUUAGACUCUUCCGUCAGAGCCAACAGCUCCAGAGUAAGCUUCAAUACGGCCGAGGAGCCUGAAAUUAUUACGGAACCACCUGAGCCAUCCGUUUUCGACAUUACCGUCAUGCAUUCGAUCGGAACCGUAAGCAACGUCGUGACUCCAUCUCAGACGAUUCGACCAACGUUCUCGACCACGACACCAUCGGUAGAAGUAGGAACGAGUACAGAAAGCAACUCUCCCGACAGUGAUGAAAUUGAGGGUACAGAAGCUUCCAACGCACAAGCAGAACCACCGCCUUCACCGCAAGGUUCGAAGACUUCAAAUGCAGGCAGGGAGCCAGAGGUGAUAUACGGAACACCGAAGCUAGACAAUACGCCAUCGACAGGCCCGACAACUACGCUGCAGCCCAGUAUCCGUUCAACCUCGACGACUGGACUUACAAACACCUACGCGACAAAGGAAAAUGAAUCUGACGUGGUGAUGACACUAUCCGGGAAGGGGACACUCGUGCCAGAGGUGACCCAUACAAGGCCACCAGUGAAGUAUAAUCAGUCACCCACGGGAAGACCAAUAGUGAUACCGGUGGAGAUCGAAGAUGUGAGGCCAGUGAUAGGACUUCCCCCGGAGUUGUCUCAUGGCUUUCCAAGACCACCGGACGGCCACGGACCGCAGAGACCUGGUGCAAGUACAUCCCGCCCAAGGCCUAAAGAACCAACAGGCCCAACGCGCAAGUCUACCUCGAAGCCGGGCUCUCCUCCACGAAGAAGACCUGGCUAUCGGCCAAAACACAACACUACCUUGGUGAGAAUCGACACCUGCAUCGUGGGCGACGACUCGACGUGCGAUUCAAAGUUGAACGAGUGGUGCAAGGCCGAACUUGGCAUUAGUUCCUGCCAUUGCAGGCCGGGCUUCACCAGGACAGUACCCAGGGGGCCUUGCAGUCCUGUUGUCAACGUCGGACUAACAUUGAAGCUCGACAGGCUCGGAGACCAGAAACUGGUAUUCAACAGAAACUACAGAAAUCCGGAAUCGGAGGACUAUCAGUUGCUCGAGUAUGAAGCAAAGCAAGCGUUGCACAGCCUGUUCAGCAAGUCCAGCUUCUCGCGGCUGUUCGUGGACGCGACAGUGAACAGGUUCCAGUCCGCCGGCAGCAAGAUCAUGAUGAACGCUACCGUGCAGCUGGAGGACAAUGACAUCACCCGCGUGCCUUCGGUGAAGCGCGUCCUGCAGCACGAGGUGGUCAACAUGAUCAACCGUCGCAAUUCAAACAUCGGAGAGAGCAGGCUUUACGUAGACGGCCUACUCAACUCGGGCCUUGCAGUAGACGACGUGAACGAGUGCAACGACGUGGCUCUCAACGACUGCUCCAAAAACGCCAUCUGCGAGAACGUGUUCGGCACGUUCCGUUGCACCUGCAAAGCGGGCUACACGGACAAGUAUCCGGACACAAAGUGGAAGAGCGGCAGGACUUGCACAGCCUGCGCACCGGAUUACUGCAACAACAGAGGUGACUGCCGCAUCGCCAAUGGACAACGCGAAUGCAGUUGCCGCGGAAAGUACAUUGGUUCCAGGUGCGACAUCGACGGAGAAGUGCUGGGCGUGGCGCUGGGGGCCUCGAUUACGGCCGUUAUCAUCAUCGUUCUCACCCUCGUCUGCCUGUGCCUUUGGAACCGUCGCUGGAAGCGCGAGCAACACAAGGCGGAAGUGAUGUCGGCCCACUCGGUCGGCAGUCUCGGCUAUCUCAGCAAGGCAUCUACGCUGGGGCCGGCCUAUCGAGUCAGCGUCGAAGACAGGCUGCGCUGGCAGCACAUCGCCGACGCCAUGGGCAACAUAUACGUGCAACCCGAGGCCACGGCACCGCCUAAGACACCACCGGUGUUUGCUACUCCCAAUCGAGUGCGCAGUCCGAGCCCCCCUGAAGAGAACCACUACAGCCACAUCCAGAGGCCGCGCUCCAGAGGGGCCAUGUAUGGCCCGCCACCGAGUCACAACCCGUACGAGUACGAGACGCAGAAGAGAGAGAUUUACGGCCAGGUCACGCCAUACUACAAGACGGCGUCUCACCACACCAUGUAUUCCUGAGUGAAGUACUGCCCCAAGGAGUGCACCACGUCUUGCAGAGAAAGACAGACUGCUUCGGAUCGACGAGAGCCAAGUGUGCGCGUGAAGCGACAGCACGAACUAUACGAGAAGUGUGCGUGCAAGUGCGUCGCCCCGUGUACCUUGUCCUUCCCGUGCCCUUCCUUGGACGAUUGAGCUGGGACUCAGUGCAAGAUCCUUGAACUGCCUCAGUGCUUCGCCCAUUGACCACACGCAGUGCCAUCGCUACGGACAGAUCGGUGCUGCUGAGUAUUCAUAGUCCACGAGCUCAGUGAGAGCAGUAUAGAUGUAGAAUAUGUGGCAGUGAAAUCCCGAUGCAGUUCUUCAAUCUGCCUUUUUCAUUUGCCAGCGCUGACCUCUGUCGUUCGAUGGAGGGCAUCACCAACUGGCAUCGCCAGGACAAAAGCCUCCAAGACUGAAAUGAGUGCGGAGAUCCUACCAUAGCGAUUCGCGAAUUUCCUUCUGGAGGAAGGACGCAUGAGGUGUGGCCCCACGAAAAAACGAAAGGCGGAUUGUUAGCCUUCGUGGAAUGCAUAGUAUGGACGACCGUAAAACAGUAUCGUUGGUUACGUUGAAUCGUAACUGGUGAAGUGACGAAGCUAAAUAUAGUGAACGCGGCGUAGAGAUCGGAAAUUAAAGGUGUGAGAUCCACGGGAAUCGUCAAGAAGUGCAGGGCUGGUAAAAAGUUCCCAGGCCCACUAUCCUAUAUGUAUUCCUAUGCCAGCAUGGCCUGGGAACUUUUGAGCCCCCGUGUACAUUUCCCUGCGGUUGUAACACGCAGUCUUGCCUUCAAGGGGGCAUUUAGGUACGGUCUGUAGGGUUGAACACGUGGAGUUAAUAUUCGCUGCCACUGGAACCAGUAUAUGCUUCAUUUUUAUUCAUACAAGAUGCAAGAUCAAUCAGUUCGCUGCAACACAGUUUAAUAAUUGAAAAUUUACCACUUAAUGAUUUGUGAAUACACAUAAUAUUCCUUUAUCUAAGCGCUACUGAAAAGCACGAUUGCCGGCUGUAGCAGUAAGAGUAUAGUGUUACAGAAUUAUUGAGCUGAAAAUAUAAAAGAGGUUCUCAUACGGUCCAGUGUAGCGGAAAAAUGAGUGAUUUCACAAGAAAGUCCUGGCUAAAGUCCACAGUGAACUUUCGCUUACAAAACCGGUGAUAAGCAUUUAUUUUCUGCGAGGCUCUUAUAGUACCAAAGCAGAUUAGACUGCAUGAACUGCGAAAUUUUUUUUUUGCUGUCGUGAGCGCCACAAAACUGAAAUCCUAACAAUAAAUAAGUUUAAAUACGUUGAUUAUGAUCUUAUUAGCAAGAGAGAUACAGAGAGAGAUAGAGAGAGAGCUGUGCGGGGUUAAACUCAAUGGUAACAGAUUGCCCAGUUUAAUAUAAUGUUGUCAUUCGAAUUUUCUUGAGCAGAAAUAUUUAAUGCAUACACUCACACGUUGACACAACCUAUUUCUUUGCUGCUUUCAACAGUGUUAGUAAUAUACGUGCACGUACGUACGAACGUACAACACAAUUUUAGAUACGAGUUUUAUAGACCGAGAUAGUGACAUUUCAACAAAUGUCAUUUUCCGUGGAUCACUUUACAGACAAGGCGGUCUCUGUGUGUUUGAUGUGUGUGCAUGUUGUACCUGAGCACAGCUGCUCAGCUCUCUUCUUCUUCUGUUUUGUUUGGAAUGCAAGAUAGGGGCGUGAUUGAUACCUUCAAAGGUUAUUUGACUGCACACACCAGCCGUAGCCCGUGGUCUUGGGCACGCACCUAUGGUUGGCAACAUGAAUCCUAACUAUCUCUUAAUUUAUGAAAAGGCCGCACAGCAUGGAGCUGUGUGGACUUGUCGAGUCGGCAUCCGAACGAUGUAUUCUAUAAGUGUUCUUGCGAAUCCUGUUUUAUCUGAAUGAAGAAAGCCUUAUAGAGGAUACAAAUGGACUACGCUUGUUCAUCGGUGUGAGUCGAACUAUAUAUGAGGUUGCUCCGGAUGAGGGAAUGGAUUCCUAAAAGAGUGAUCAGCAGACUCUGGCACACAAGCGAAGACUGCAGUGUCCGACAGCUUCGCAUAACUUUUUGGAUUUUUUUUUCAGUUUUUGUGUUUUUUAUUACUUGUGUCAGUUCAUGUUCCUGAUUUUAUUUGUUUAAUACAAGUGAUUGACCGCCAAUAAGAUAAUAAAUGUGAUUCUCUGAGAG